CAGAGUGAUUGCUCUAAGAGCUUGUUCAAAAAAGCUUUCUGCGGAUAAAUAAACGGCCGACAGAACAAGAAUGACUGCGGAGAAGCAGAGCCCGUUCCUGUCCGGUGGACCGACCCGCCGGGACCGUCUCCCCGUGUUGGUCGGGCCGCUGGUCGGCGUCCUGGCCGCCCUGGUGUGCGGGAUCAGCGUGCUGACGGGGGUGGUGGUGGUGCACAACAUGCAGCAGGAGCUGACAGGUGUGAGGCAGGAGAACACCGGACUGAGGGAGCGGCUGGUGGCGGUGGAGAACCUGCUGGAUGGCGCCUUUGCUGGGCACGACCGGCAGGCUGUUGGUAGUUCGAAGGUUUGUUUGAACAUUUGUGCCUUUCUUGUUUCAGGUGUGGCAGGAGGCACGCAUUUCCACGAGACAGGCGGCGGGACCAACUACCAGUGUCUACCGACCGACCCACAGUGGGGAACGUACCUAGAUGGUGUCCAACAGAACCAGGGGAGGGCUUUUAUGUACGGCGGCGAAUAUCAGAUACACACAAACGCCCCGUUCGGUUCCACCUCCCUUCUCGACCACGACGUUCCGUGUGCGGUCGGCUACGUCCCAACCCGCGGUAGUAAGUUAAUGAUCCCCGCCCGUAACACCUGUUAUAGCGGCUGGACCCGCGAGUACCAGGGCUACCUCAUGGCUUCACACUACAGCCACGCCGGGUCUAAAGAGUUCGUCUGUGUGGAUGAACAGCCUGAGACAGUAUCGGGGGGACACGAGGACAAACAAGGAGCGCUGUUCUACCCCGUGGAAGCCCGCUGUGGGUCCCUGCCGUGUCCCCGCUACAAAGAAGGGAGGGAACUCACCUGUGUCGUCUGUACAAAGUAG